GGGACAUAAUGAAGAAGCAAUGGAUAGCGCAACGCAGUCGUCAGAUGCAGACAAAAGCGCAAAAACUAAAACUAACACUAAAGCCAGUGUAGUGUCCGCGGAUCAAAGCAAAGAGAUGCCUGCCAAGGCAGCGCCAGCAACGGCUGCGCCAGCGGCUGCAGAUAAUAAACCAAAAAGAAUGGAGACUAGAAAAUCAUCGUCUGAUACGGUGCUUGAGCCCGUCGGGAAGCAGCACUCGGGUUCCGGUUCUGGACCGCAAUCCAUGAGCGGCUCGUUAUCCUACAAAGGCGUACAAAGCAAGACUAGCAAGGGUAGCAAAGGUGCCGACAGAUACGCUCAUCCCAUGCGCUUUGUGCGUAAGAAUGUAGAGCAAUCCAACCGCAAUACCAAUCCGUUUGUAGAACUGGAAACAGAGUUUCCACGUGACUAUGACGUCAACAUUGAGAUGCUUUCGCGGGAAGCCGAGCACUUAGAGGAACAAUUCCGCACGCCAACUCGUUUGAACACCACAGAUACGGCCAGUAUUCCGGUGGCCGGUAUCAUAGAUAGCAUCAUAACGGAGGCAUCGCGUACGGUGAAGCCGGAAAAGUCUACCAUUGAUGUGCCAUCCAACAAAUCUGCCAACAAACAGACGAGUGGUGUCAAGCGCGUUGGCUUCCAGGUCGAGGAGAAGCGCAACGCCGAGGGUCUGCUCGACGAAAGCCAACCAAAGGGUUUUGCGGAGUUGUCCAAACAGUCCGAGGCUGGCGAAGAGAUUAGUGGAGAUGGUUCCGCUGUUGGGACACUGACAGAAACGUCUGUGUCGCAGCAACCCUCAUCUGCAUCCAAUGCAUCAGCCACAUCGUCGGUGACGUCGCUGACGAAAGAGCGCAAGAGUGAUGAAGAUGAUGAUCCGGUGGCAAUGUCGCCAUGCGGGCGCUUCUUUAAGUACGACAAAGAAGUUGGUCGUGGUUCCUUUAAAACCGUUUACCGUGGCCUAGACACGCUAACGGGCGUGCCAGUGGCCUGGUGCGAGCUGCUGGACAAACAAGUGAAGAAGAGUGAGCGCACCAGAUUUCGCGAGGAGGCGGAUAUGUUGAAAAAAUUGCAGCAUCCGAACAUUGUGCGUUUUUAUACGUAUUGGGAGUUUCCGAUUGGACGCAAAAAGAAUAUCGUACUAGUCACCGAGCUAAUGUUAUCUGGUACUUUAAAGUCGUAUUUGAAGCGAUUCAAAAAAAUUCACCCAAAGGUAUUAAAAUCAUGGUGUCGUCAGAUCUUGAAGGGUCUCAACUUCCUGCACACUCGUCAAUUUCCUAUAAUUCAUCGUGAUUUGAAAUGUGAUAAUAUUUUUAUAACUGGCACCACUGGUAGCGUUAAAAUCGGUGACUUGGGACUGGCAACUCUAAAGAAUCGCUCCCAUGCUAAAUCUGUGAUUGGUACACCUGAGUUUAUGGCACCCGAGAUGUACGAAGAGCACUACGACGAGUCCGUGGACGUCUAUGCCUUUGGCAUGUGCAUGUUGGAGAUGGCCAUAUCCGAAUACCCCUAUAGCGAGUGUAAGGGCCCCGCCCAGAUCUACAAAAAGGUGAUAUCUGGCAUUAAGCCGGCUGCGCUCUCCAAGGUCGAAGAUCCCAAUGUGCGCGACAUCAUCGAACGUUGCAUUGAGCUCAAAAAGGAGGAUCGUCCCAAAUGCAACGAGCUACUGGAGUCAGAGUUUUUCGACGAGGACAUUGGCAUACGCGUCGAGCCCACUGCUGCGGAGCAGUUUCUUUCCGAUCCCAGCAUCAGCAUCAUUGAGUUUCGGUUGCGUUUCAUGGACCCCAAGAAACGUUCCUCUCGUCAUAAAGAGAACGAAGCCAUUCAAUUUGAAUACAAUAUUCAGCAUGAUGAAUAUGAGCAAAUUGCACAGGAUAUGAUGAAGGAGAACAUAAUUUCAGAGGAUGACUCUCGCGCUGUUGCACGCCUGCUAAAGGUCCAAGUGGUCUCGCUGCUGAAGGAGCGUGCCCAACGACAAACUCAAAUCAAGCUGCAAAACGAAAAGUCGCGCUUGGAAAAGUUAGCACUGCAAAAGCAGCGCGAGAGCUUGCCCACAAAUGUUGAGGAAGAGUCUGAAGAUGAGUCCGAGGAUGAAGAGGAUGGCGUCAAAUGGAAUCAGAGACUGCAGCUCAAGUACGAUCUGUUGAACACUGACUCUGAGACAAGCCUGGCCACCUCUACCAACAGCGUAGAUCCACAGAAUCUGGCCACCAGAUCCAACACUUCCAUGCAAAACGGCACUUGUCAACAGCCACAGUUGCCGCAGCUAAUUACGGGCCAACAGAAGGUGAUUGCUCCCGCUGCCAUUGCACAAGUGCAACAGCACUCGACUACGGUUCACUAUAUACAGAAUCCGCAGAUGGCAUCCUACCAAAGUGCCAGUAACGCCAUACAAGACAUUGCCAAUGGCCAUGAUCAGGUCAUCUCGCCUACGGGAAAUCAGCAACAGCAGCAGCAGCAACAACAACAACAGCAAGCAGUUCAGCAACAGUCGAUGGUGCAGCUACAAGCCCAACAACAAGUGCAGCCGCCCCAAUUGUUAGCUCAGCCUGUGGCAGUACCUGUGCAGGUGCAGGUGCAGGUUCCACAGCAGCCGCAACCACAGCAGCAGCAGCCUGCUGUUAUUCAUGUGAUGUCAGCGCCUAUGCAACUAGACCAACAACAGCAGCAGCUCCAGCAACAGCAGCAGUUGCCACUUCAGCAACAGUUGCAACAACUUAUGCAAGCAAAUGUGCCAUCAACGGAGCUUAUGCAACAUCAACAACAACAACAACAGCAGCAGCAACAGCAACAAUACUAUCAGCAGCAACAAGCCAUACAUCAGGCGCAACAGCAACAACAACAGCAGCAGCAGUUGCAAGCACAGGCAAUGCAGCAGUUGCAACAGCAGCCAAUACAACAACAGCAGCAGCAGCAAUUGCUACAGCAACAGCACUUACAACAGCUACAGCAACAGCAGCAGUUGCAGCAACAGUUGCAACAACAACAAUAUAUACAGCAGCAGCAACAACAACAUCAGCAGCAGCAACAACAAUUUCUUCCGCAUCAAAUGCCAAUUGCUACACAAAACACGCAACUUACAAUGCAACCACAGGCACUUGUUGCUGGCGCUGCACAAAUAUUAGCACAACAGCAACAGUUGCAGGGACAACUGUAUAAUCAAGCGCAGAUGGCUCAGCAGCAACAACUUAUGCAACCGAUUGCUAAUGUGAUUGAUAAUCAACAGCAGCAGCAGCAACAACAACAACAAAUGCCAACUUAUGCAGCUGUUGCCACGCAGAUGGCACAGCAAUACGUACAGCAGCCAAUGCAGCAGCAACAACAGCCAAUGCAGCAGCAGCAACAGCCAAUGCAGCAGCAACAGCCAAUGCAGCAGCAGCAACCGCCAAUGCAGCAGCAGCAACCAAUACAACAGCAGCAGCAGGCAAUGCAACAACAGCCAAUGCAGCAGCAGCAAAUACCCUUAGAGCAGCAAUUGCAGCAACUGUUGCAUAGUCAACCGCAAGCUUCGAUUGUGCAGCAACAGCCGCAACAACAACAACCACAAAUCGAACAACAUGCACAGCAACAGCUACCAGGAAAACCCAUACAGUCAGCAACAAACGCUGUGCCACAGGAAUUGGCCGUAGCACCUGUUUCAGAGGUCCCGGCUACGCUUGCUGGCGACGCACAGGUCCCAACUACAUCUACUACGACAGCAACCACAAGUUCUACUGCAGAAGCGGAAAAACAAAAACAACAGCAAGCUGCACGCAUGCAAAAGCCACGACGCUCCAAUCGCAGUGGCAACGAGCGCAUACCAAAGCUGAGCGUCACAAGCGUGGACGAGGGUAGCGUCAUAAAUUGCCACAUGGAGAACAAACUAAAGACAAUUACAUUCAAAUUUGACAUUGGCGAUGUCAAUCCAGUUGAAAUCGCUAAUAAACUGAUUGCGCAAGAUUUACUAUCCAAUUGCCAAAGUACCGUAUUUGUGGAAAUGAUAAACGAUGUUGUGGAGCAAGUUAAACAAAAUCCACAACAAAUUCCCAUACCAACAACCUAUCGACGUAAUAUUGAAAAGGUGCGUCACGCGUCUCUAACUCGACAGCGUUCCACAUUUAGAACCCAUCAGAGACAUAGAUCUCGGGAUGAAACCGCCACCGACAUCACGAAGAUGUUUGAGACAUCAACGCCAGCUGGAGCGGAGUCUGCAACGGCUGCAGCUGAAAGCGGUGAGGCCAACAACCCAGAAACGUCCAACGUUGGAGAGACACGCCCGCGUGAAUCGUCGCUGCAGAGAAGCACAGAGUUUCAAGCAAGCAUAGCCACGCCCCCAACAACCACAUCGACCAUGUCCUCCUCAUCGACCACCUCCAGAGAUGCGGGCAACAACAGCAACGAUGUAACCAUUGGCUCCGGCUCAGCCUCUCGCAAGACGAGCACAGCAUCGGAGUACACCUCCCUGUCCAUUGAUCUAAUGCCGGACAGCGCCAUUACACCCACAGGCAACGAUGCGUUCCAGCCAUUAGACGUCACAAUGGACAAGCCGCUAAGCGAGCAGAAGGCACGCAGUUUGGCCAUAAGCCGUGUGCAAAUGCUAUUGGAGUCGACACGCAGCGAGGCUAAGCCACGCAGCUUGAACUUACCGCUGAAUCGACAGCUGAAACUUGUGGAAGACCUAAAGCAUACACGUAGCUUGGACGACCUAAGCAAAGGAGAGGAACUUACUUUCGAUAUGCCGGCCUGCAAGACACCCAAGGAAGAAACAAGCGGUGAGCAGGGCACCGCAGCUGCUGAUAAAGCCAAGGAGAAUGCCAUGCAAAGUGCUGGCCAGCCAGCAGGAGGGCCAGCCAACACGCUGGAGCAAUUAAAGAUCGAAUUGGAGAACAUAACGCAUGCGAAUGCCUUGGCCUCCGCUGUAGUGGCGUCGAUAAACAAUCGCUCCAGCACCUAUCAGGCAUCUCCAGCCAUUUCGACGAUGAAGGCGCUGUCCACCUCGCAGCAACAGACGCCAGGGGAGCCCGUGAUGAGCAAGUCGAAUAAUACAGGCUCGGUUGCCUCGCUUGGACAGAAUACACCCACGGCUGCAUUGAAUUCAGCACGCGGAUCCUCAGUAUACAAUUCGCGACGCACAUCGAUUGACAACAGCAUGGGCUCUGAUAUGCAAAUGCCACCGGCUGCCAACAUUAACAUUAGUUCCGAGGGCGCAGUAGAUGCUGUCGGUGCCGAGAGGAAGCUGACAAAGCAGGAGAGCCUGGACAAAGUGUCGAAUGCCUCAAAUGUUAGCGAGUCUCGAAAUCCUAGCAAUGGUGCGCUCAAUCAAAGCUCCAUAGCUGAUCUAGAGAAAAAACUGGCUGCCCUACGCAAUGCGGACAAUGCAGAUGAAACGCCAGCACCAGCAACAGCGCCAGUUGCAACCUUGACACCAGCCAAGCCAUCAGAGGAAGCACUGGCCGCUUCAAAUGCGCGCAAGAUUUCUCGCUUUAGUGUUAGUCGCGUGCAGGAACAAAAGACUUCCACUGAUGAAGCAGCGCAGCAACAACAACAACAACAGCAACAGCUGCAGCAGCAGCAACAACCGUUAAAGAUUGAUUUAAAUUUAGCAGCCAUUGCUGCUGGCCAGGCACAUGGCUACAAUCCCAAUGCCGUUGCAAACGGCAGCAUGGUUAAUACGCCAACUGAGCACGUAAACUCACCAAUACAAAAUGUGCCAUUGGCCAUAAAUGGCAUUCAAUUGAUUUAUCAGCAGCAGCAGCAACCAGGUGUGGUGUCCCAAACACAAGUGUUGCCAAACGGAGUUGGUCUACAAAUGCAGCAGCAACACUUGCAGACAAACAUGCCACAAGCACAGCGUAUGCAGCCAGCGCAGCUUAUCAAUGCUGUUCAGCAGCAGCAGCAGAGCCAACAGACAUGUGUCAGCUAUGCCCGAAGGCGCUACAUGGCUCAACAACAGCAGCAGCAGCAAUCACAAGCUAUGUACAACCAGCAGCAUCAGCAAAACUACCAAGCAGCCACAGCCGGCCAACUGUUGCAACAAGCGCCAGCAAUAGUCACACAGCAACCCAUGCAACAUGUGCUGCAGCCGCUCUUUAAUCCAGGUGCUAAUGAUGUAACCGAGGAGCCCGUCUCACUGGCUGCCACACAUCCACAUCUGCUGCCCAGCGAUAUACAAUCGGACAUCAAGCAUAAUCUAGACUCGUUAGUCAAUCAAUUAUGCAACACACGCUUGGGCACAAACCAGCAUCAACGCUUAUUGCUGCUGCGUCAGCGACAGCUUAUUGAAGAGGACGAGCUGCGCUUAAAGCACUAUGUGGAGUACGAAAAGUUCCAAAAGGCGCUGCGUCAAUCUCUUAGCACAAAUGCUCCAGCUGCGACUGCAUACUAUUCACCAGCUCCUGCUCCAGUGUCGGUUCCAGCCAACUUGCCAGCUCCUGUUCAGGCGCCAGCACCAACAGCCGUUGCGGUAGCAGCACCUCCACCACAACAACAACAACAAACACAGCCACAACCACAACAGCAAGCGCAGCCGCAACCACAGGUUGCAUCGACAGCUACAUCAAAUGCAACGUCCGCAGGCUCUACAGCAAACACAUAGGAAAUAUUUAUGUAGAGCUAUCAUAGCAUACCCCGCACUCUAUCAUGACAAGUCAUAAGCAUUGCUACCCAAAUUGUUCGUCAACUGUAUUGAGCUGAGACGCGUUCGAUAUGAAGAAUAUAUGGUUCUACAGUUAGUUAUUAAGUGCAAGGUUGCCGAAUAUUACCAGGGGAAAAAAUUGUCUGUAAAUAUGUAGUCACACAAUCACAUACCGUUUUUAGUUGAUUUGCCAUUGUUUCGCUUAUUGUUUUACUUUUGUUUUUUUUUUCUAAUAUAUUUUUCUUCUAUUCUGUAAACGCAAUGCUAUUUCCUCUCAUUUGUUUAUAAAUCAAUUAUAAAGUUAUGAAUUUUAAGUAAGCAAAUUGUAUAUUUUAUUAUCGCUAACGUGUAAAUAAAUAUUUCAAUAAUGUCAUAAUCCACGCCUACAUCAGCAUAAUACAUACAUAUACAUAUUAUUGCAUAUUAUUAUAUACAUAAUAUACUACUU